GACUCUCCUGUCUGAGAGGUGGCAGUGUGGUUGUAGUGUAACUGAGAAUGCAGCUUGUUAUCGGUGAUGAAGAAGCAGAAUAGGAAGACCCCGCGUGGAAAACAAUCCGGUAAAAGUUUGCCAGGUAUUAAACACUUCGUUUUAUACAUAUAUAUUGCUAAACAUAAUUUCAAUUCCUUCCCUUUUUAAUGCCGUUGAUGUGAUUCAGAAAACACAGUAUGCGCGGAUGACCUGAUAUUCUAACGACGCACGUUCAAGACUAGCAAGAAUCAAGUUGGAUUUUGUGUUUGUUGUGAAAAGCACGUUGUGCUAUGUUUUUCUGUAUCGACUUGAUUUUUGCGUUUUAAAGAAGGUUGGAUGAAAUGCAGUCAGAUUCGCGUAAUAACACAAUGGACCGCGUUAAUGAUAAAAAGGUGAAGAAGAAGAAAAGCAAGAAAAGUGAAACUCCAGACCAGCAUGAACUCACUGAAAGUCCAAAGGUGCAGACUGAGACGCACCAUGAAAAGAUGCAUAAGAAGAAAAACAAAACUAAGGAAUUGGAGAAUGUAAGCCUGCAGACACCUACAGACAAAAAGAAAAAAAGAAAAUUGAAUGAAGGAGUGGAGGUUGUCACAAGCCUGCAUAAAGUAAAAGAUAAGAAAGCCCCCACAGCAGAGUCACAAGAGCUGCAGAAGCCUGCUAAGAAAAAGAAAAAGAGAGCAAAUAUGACACAAGCAGACUGUGAUGACAAGGAACAAGAAGAACAGCCUGUCAUGAUCACAGAACAUGAGGAAGAACCUGCCUUACUAAUUGGUACUAGAAAGCGCAGAAGAAGGGGAACGCUGUUGGAUGAACCAGAAGUUGAUCCCAAUCUACUGAAUGAACUGAAAGAUUUUUUUCCUAAAAUUGAGUCCAGAAGCUCACAUGAAAUCAAUAAAAUGAUCAUGUAUGAUCUGCCAAGGUUCAAGGAAUUCAGAAAGCAAGGCAUCGUGUUGAGGCAUGGAAGAUUCUCUAAUGCAGAAAAUGAGAGGUUAAGACAGAACGUUAGAGAUUUUAUUGCUCUCACAGGAGUGAAAAAUGCUACCAAGCUCUUUCAUCCAAAACGUUUCCCAGAAGAGAGACAGGAAUUGACAAAGAUGAAAAAGGUCUACAAGUUUUUUGAAAGGAUAGCGGAAGGAAUUCCCAGGCCUUGCCAUGAUGUUUUUAGCCGUGGAAGGAAAGUUUUUGAUGGUGGAAACUAUAAGGGAAGAUUUACAGAAGAAGAAGUCAAAUCAUUGCUCAAGUAUCAUUCACUGCAUGGCAGUAACUGGCAAAAGAUUUCUGAGCUGAUGGGUCGAAGUUCUUACUCUCUUGAGAAACGUUUUACCCAACUUAAUACAGCUAAAAAAAGUGGGCCGUGGUCUGCGAAGGAGGAGCAGAGACUUUUGAGGGCUGUGCGAGACCAUAUUGUAACAGUGCUGAAAUCUGAGUCCCCUAAUAAAACAACACCAAAAAGAGUUGGUAGAGAAAUACUGUACCAAAAAUUGCCCUGGUUCAAUAUUUCACUGAAGGUUAAAACUCGAUGUUGGAGCAAAUGCAGAGAGAAAUGGAUGUCCAUCCUCGCUGUGCGGAUGUCUUCAGGGACUUGUAGGGGAAAGAAAACUCAGGAGGCCAAAAUCAGACUUAUUAAAGCAAUGUAUCAAUUGCAAGUGGAGGAUGUUACGGAUGUCAACUGGGAUGAUCUCACAGCUGUUUUGGGGGAUGUUCCUCCAGCAUAUGUGCAAGCAAAGUGGCACCAGCUUAAAGUUUGCUAUGUGCCUGAAUGGAAGACUAAGUGUUUUGGAGACAUUGUUGACUUCCUUUAUGAGAGAGCCUUGCCAGGCCUGGUGAAAGAUUGUGAAGACCUUGAUGACAAUGAGCUGAAGGUUGACCAGAAGCAGAGCUUCCUUCUAUCUGACAUUUUUCGGGACAUUAAUGAGGAUCAUUGCAGCGACAGUGAUGAGGAGAGUAGACAGAAAGAGGAUGACAAAUCCUCUUGAAC